CUGAUCUUCUAUAAUCGCAUCCAGUUAUCCUCAUUCAAGACGUUGUCACAUCGUCAACCAAUACCACCUUUGAUUCUCCAGCCAACCGCCAAGACUCCACUCACCGAACCAUACAUACCACUUACACCGAGAUAAUCACCUCGAAGACGCCUCACGUUCCUCAAUUUCAAAACAAACUGUCGAGUGAAUUGAAGAAGAGAGAAAAAAAACAAAGACCGGUUCAAAAUGUCGCCAACGCACACCAUGUCCGCCCACCUCUGCAAGCAGAUCUAUUCUGCGUGGUGUCAAGACCACACGGGUUCCCCUAAGCCCCAUGCCACCAGCCCGCUGCCAUCGCCCACCAACUCGUCUGUCUACUCGGGCUACUUCCAGCGAUCGCCGUCCCCUGAGCAACACAAGCGGCCGAUGGACAGUGACCGCUCAUCGACCUCCAGCUGGCGAUGGAACAACAAGGACAACUCUCGCUAAGAUAUUGAGAUUUGAUGUUUCUUAGGAGGACUUGUUUUCUUGAUUUUUGUUUUUUUGUUUUUUGGCGGACAUCCAAUAACUGGCGCAUACGAAACGGGACUGGGUACCUAUCUAAGCGGGACGGCGUUAUACUGUAAUGCAUUUCGGCGGUUUUUCAGCGGACAGCGGAGCUAUCAACAGCGCGGCAGUCCCUACAAGCGUUGGAUAUCAUCUAUACGACGGCAACAAUAACAGCGACUUCUACAAAUCCCAACCAGACUACCAGCAACGAAACAUCGCGACCAUGAGUUCUACUGAUACUCAGCCUUUCAGCGAAGGAGCCAACCAUUUGCCCGUCCGUCUGCUUGUAAUUCAGAAAGGCAGGCAGAGAAGCAGGGAGGCUUAUCCAUGUUCUGUACACAGGCUUUGUCACUCCAGAUGCCAGUGUCACCACCUCCAGGCAUCUCCAGCUCUACACUACUAGCUUUGUCAGCCCUACGAGCCCAGUCGUCCCGAGUCUUGUCACCACAAGAUUCCCAAGUUCGGCUGGCUCAGACAAGCACCGGGCCGAUACUCUCCCGUCCUGGGAACGAUCGUUCGGUUUCGCGGCUGCAAUGGGUGCAUCGCUUUGUACUGCAUCGUCCCAUUACACCAUCUCAUCACGCCAUGUCGCGAUACCUUAUCGCCAAUGCGGAGUGACCGUAGCAUGGUAUCACGCCAUCGCACGCCGCUUCACCUACCUCCCUCCCUGUCUUCCUGCUUUUUCAAGAUUUCCAUUGGCAUUGUUUGGCGUUGCACACGCACUCACUGGUGCCGUGUACCGUUUCGGUGCCGGUUUCCAUGUCGGUGCUGGCGCUUGUUAACGCUGAGGUGUAUGUACGAGCGGAUGGCAUGGGAAGAUGGGAUGUCAUGUUGGUGUCGCUGGGGGUGGUCUUGGGACUAUUCUACUGUCAUGUGCUGCCUCGUUUUUAUACUUGAUUGGAUGCAAGAGUUGUGGGAGUUUCUCAUGUCAGCCAGUUUAUCGUUUGGUGCUUGACAAGUUGUCUCUGUGCGGGUCGAUGAGAUAUCGUCAUCAUCGGCAGAGGAUUAUAAUAGGAUUGAAGCGGAAUUUGAGACCGACUUGAAAACAGCCUUCUCAGCA